GGGCGGGGCCUGUGCUGUGCGUCCGGGCUGCGGUCCGCUGAGAAGCCGUGCGUCAGGGUUCCGGGCUCUUCCUGAAGCGCUGUCUGCUGCCACUUCUCACGUGUGGGAUGUUGCUUUUGGCGUUGGGUGGCCUCUGGGCAUCGGGGCUGCGACUCGGCUGGAAGAGGACUGUUCCGUGGGCCGGCACCGCGCUCGGAGCCCACAGGGCUGCUGUCUCACUGGCCCUCUCCCGCAGCGGCCUCUCAGGGCUGUUUGGUGGCAGCAGCGUGGGGCUGCGGGGUGAUGCACCGCUUCUCCGGUGUCCCCUGCAAGGGCAGAUACCUGUUUGUUGGGAAAGAUAUGUUCGGUGUUCACAUACACAACUUGAAAAAUCAGAAGAUGGAAGACUGAUUUAUACUGGGAAUUUGGCCCGAACAGUAUUUGGUGUGAAAUGUUUCUCUUAUUCUACAAGUGUGAUCAGCCUUGCAGUUCUACCAUACAUUUUUGCACAAAAUAAUAUUGUAUUUGGAAGUCUGCCUUUGCAAAUCUUAUUUUAUGGCAUCAUAGGAAGCUUUACAGUGAUCACUCCAGCACUGCUUCACUUUGUUACAAAAGGCUAUGUCAUUCGGUUAUACCAUGAAGCCACAACAGACACUUAUAAAGCCAUUACUUAUAAUGUUGUGCUUUCAGAAACAAGUACAGUGUUUCACCAGAAUGAUGUGAAGAUUCCAAACAGCACACAUGUGUUUACCACAUUUUAUGCUAAAACCAAGUCACUGUUAGUUAAUCCAAUGCUCUUUCCAAACCCUGAAGACUAUAGCCAUCUAAUGGGUUAUGACAAACCAUUCACUUUCGAUAUGGAGGAAGCCAGUGAAAAGAAACAGCUUAAAGAUGAGAAAUGAGUUGAUUGUUUUUAUGUUUGUGCUUAAAUGUGAUUUAUGUUCUUAUGUAUAAUUAUAAAAUUGCCUUUAUGUUUGUUUUUUGUUAGUGACUAAUUGUUAAAAAGAAUUUGAAGUUGUAUCAAACAACUUUUAAUUUUCAGAGAAUUAUGUUCAUUUUUGAUAAGCUAUGUUUGGAAAAGCAUGUAAUAUUUACCAUUUGUGUUAAAGGUAUGAAAAUACAUGUAUAUGCUGGCAUAUGCAUGGAUUAUUUUAUAUAAUGUUGUCUGUCAGCUGGGGAUCAGAUGUCAGAUUUUACCUUUAAUUGUAAAAUGAAAGUUGGUUCUUGUGGAAGAUUUCGAGAAAGGAUGAUAAAGCCUCAAAUCAUGCUAUUUAGAUGAUUAGAUACUUAAGUGCCUAGAGUGUGCCAGGUACUGGGAGGGUUGCCAGAGUCACAGUUAAGAACAAAUCACCCAGUAUCUGUGGAGCUGAGUAAUGUCUCCUGUAGCCUGCCAUGAUGGCAGAUCUGAACUGAUCUAUAUGGCUUGCCUGUGUAUGAGGAAGACUGUUGGGGAAGCAGCAGAAUCACUAAUUUGUAGGGAAAUGUCAUGUCCAAAGCUGCGAGAAGCUUGGAAAUGUCAUGUCCAAAGCUGCGAGAAGCUUAUGGGAAAGCUUAAGGUAGAAAAGUAAUCACAGACCUAGAGUCUGCCCUCUGCUAAAUCAGUCAACUUGUUAUCCCAGCAGAGGGCAGACUGUAGGUUCUCAAAAAAUGAGUAAGUUGGCUCCAUCUUUGUACUCAGAUUGGGCCUCUGCCUGCUAACUCCUCUGUCCUGUGUCACCUAGAUAUCUAACUGUUGCUGUCUUAAUUACUCUGAGACAUAUUUCUAUAAAAAGUAUUCCAUGAUUAAAUGCUCAUUAUCAAAUAAUAGAGAAUAGAAGCCAGAAAAUAAUCACUCCUAGUUCUGCUACUUGAAGAAAACAGCAUUUUUAACAUUUUGAAAUUUCCUUCUGUGGGUUAUUUUCCUCAUAACUUGUUUUGAGUACAUUGUAUUUCUUCUCUUUAAAUGUCCUGUAUCCAUGUAACCAUUUUAUCACCUGUGUAAUGGAAUGAAAAACCUGUUUUUAUUAGUAUCAUUAGUUCUGCAGAAGAUAACUUGGUUAGGAGAAAGAAACCAUGCUUAAAAGGCAGAGGGAGAAAGAUAACUUCUUAAGGACAUGGUCUGGAGUGAGAUAAAGAGGUAGAAAAGGAUAAGUAUGCAUAGGAUACUAUGAUGAUUCAUCCCUGAAGUAAAUCAGAAUCAACUCAGCCUUGGUGAGGAGAAAUAUACCCACAUCUCUCUGCCUCUUCACUGCCCUCACCCCAGCCAGCAUAAUCUUGGAAAGAUUGGGAAGGUGAUGAGUCUCUAUCUAGAGAGAGGACAAUGAGUCAGUUUUAGUUGAGUCUCAAAAGGCAGGGUGAUCCUGGCUGACAUAGGGGUUACAUCAGGUAAUGUACCAUUUGACAAUAAAAUGUAAUCCCUUCCCUCAA